GAAUUGUGGUUGAUUGCCGGAAGAUCCGGUUAACGUCACCCUCUGAAGUUACACGUUUGUUUGUAUAGACGCUGCACGUAGCAACCAGACGCCCCCCCCCCCCCACACCGGGGGAAGAGACGUGCGGUCGACGUCUGGGCGGCGCGCCGCCGGUUCUCCUGGAGCAUCAACGGCGACGACCGACUUCCGUGUUUAUUGAAAGAUGGCGACCGUCCGCGGAGUCCCGCUCAGCACGCUUUCGCCCAAGUUUCUUCAUACAAAUUCCACCAGCCACACCUGGCCCUUCAGUGCCAUAGCUGAGCUCAUAGACAAUGCCUAUGAUCCAGAUGUCAGUGCCAAACAGUUCUGGAUUGAUAAGACUAUGGUCCAUGGACAUGCAUGCCUCAGCUUUAUGGAUAAUGGAAAUGGACUGGACCAUGAAAUGAUGCAUAAGAUGCUCAGCUUUGGGUACAGUGAGAAGAUUCCUUUAAAGGGCGUAGAGCCGAUUGGUAUGUACGGCAACGGCUUCAAGUCUGGAUCCAUGCGUCUCGGCAAGGACGCCGUCGUGUUUUCGAAGUCCGAGAAGUCUUCGUGCGUUGGGAUGCUCUCUCAAACCUACCUGGAAAAGAUUGGUGCCAACCAAAUAAGUGUCCCCAUUGUGUGCUUUGAACAGAGAGAGAGAAACAAGUUCAGUGUAAGAGAGGAGCAGAGAGCCAGUCUGCAGGACAUCCUGAGCUACUCCCCUUUCAAGACGCAGAGAGAAUUGCUUCUCGAGGUCGAUGCCAUCUGUUCCAACUCGUCCACAAAGAAAACUGGCACGCGGAUCAUCAUCUGGAACCUCCGCGGGACAUCUACUAGCUCUACAGAGUUUGAUUUUGACACCGAUCGUUACGACAUCCGCAUUCCAGCUGAUGUCUACGAGGAAAUGAACAGCACGCAAUAUCCAGACAGGGCCGCCUCAAACAUCCCUGUGAGUUUUUACUCACUAAGGGCUUACUGCAGUAUUCUGUACCUGAAGCCGAGGAUGCAGAUCAUGAUUCGAGGUCAAAAUGUCAAAUCUCAGCUCAUUGCUAAGAGUCUGGCCUCCAUCAGGAAGGACCACUACAGGCCCAACUUCGUGGAAAAACGUAUUCCUAUUAUUUUUGGCUAUAACACCAAAAGUAAAGACCAGUAUGGCAUUAUGAUGUAUUACAAGAACCGGCUCAUCAAGGCCUACGAACGCGUGGGCUGCCAGCUCAAGGCCAACAACAAAGGUGUCGGGGUCAUUGGGAUCAUCGAGUGUCACUUUCUGGAACCAACCCACAACAAGCAGAGCUUUGAUGAAACGGAUAAGUACAGGAAAACUAUGACCAAUUUGGGUACUAAACUAGAGGAGUACUGGAAUGAAAUGUGCUUCAGGAGGAAAAGAGAGAAUCCAAACGCCACCACACCAGUGGAAGAUACCAUGAAGCGCCCGGAUCAAAACUGGGUGCAGUGCAAUGACUGUUUGCACUGGCGCAAACUCCCGGAUGGGAUCGAUUGCAACAAGCUGCCCGAUCAAUGGUACUGCCGGAUGAACCCUGAUCCUCAGUUCAGGAGCUGCCUGGUGGAGGAGGAGCCUGAGGACUCUGAUGAUGAGCAGCCGACAUACUGCAAGACCUACAAACAACAAGAGAGGGAAGACAAAAGAACUCAAGAGAUGGAAAGACAAAGGGCUGAGGACGAUCGAAGGCGGCAGCAAGAACAACAGAAGGCCGAGCGCAACCGGGUACAAAGACGUCUGCAGAAUGCCCAUCCCCCCGCAACCCCGACUGCCCCAAAGAGGUUGACCUCUCUAAGACCACAAAGUAGUGCCCCUCACUUCAGGGCCUUGCCCCUGUCUCAAGUCGUUUGCGGCUCCUCCUCCAGUAACAAUGGUCUUCCAGUUAUCUCUAGUGUGUGCUCAUUGUCAACAGAGCCCAGGGAGAAAAGAACCCAGCCUGCUGCUCCUCAACCUCUACCCAAAAGACUUAAAUUCAACGGCAACUCUGACACACCCACAUUACUGGACGUGAGCCCACAGAGCUCCCCGUCAGUGCUCGUCAAUAAUGAAGAAGACACUGAUGACACCGAUGACACCGAUGACGACAUUUUCAUCCUGGAAACCGCCAGCACCCCCAAGCCAAAAAAUCCAACCUGUGAUUUGACUCAAGUGAAGACGGAGCGAGAGCAGAGUGGCGCUGACGUCGGCAUGCUUUUGGAGUUCAGCGACGACGACGCUGUGGAUGGCGCGGCAACGGGCCCUGUGGGAACCGGUUCCUCCCCGGCCCCCCCUCAACUAGUGGCCAACAGCACCACCCAGACGGAAGGGCCCAAAGUGAAGGAGGAAAAGAAGGACCGGGUUCUUCCAACCGAAGGGGAGGCGAGAGCAGGCCAGAGCACAUCCACCUCCAACGGGAGCGUUGGCACUGACGCGCAAAUAAUCGUGAAACACGAGAACAGCGGAGACACUCGAGGCAACCAGACCUUGCAGAACGGAGGGAUGCAUCAUCGGGGACCCCCCCGUGCGAAUGCCUGCGAUGAGACGGACUCUUCGCGUCACUACCCCAGUGCCGCCGAGGUCCAGGACCAGCAGGACCAGCAGGACCAGCUCCUGGAUCUGAUGCAGGCCACGGCCGUGGAGAGGGACUCCUUUCGAGAGCAGGUCCAUAAACUCACCUGCCAGCAGCAGGACAUGGAGAGCCGACUGCAGGCCCAGGUCAACGUGAAGAGGGAGGGUUGGCACCAGGCCAGCCAGACGGAGGACACGAAGGACUACAAGGCUCUGUUCGAGAGGGCCAAAGAGAAAGUGGAUGCACUUAUUAAGGACAAAGAGCUUUUACUGACCUCUACUGAGGCCACGCCCAGUGCUGCCCAAUGUGAAGAAAAGGACAUGGAUGAUAUCGCACUGCAAGUUGACCGUCUGAUGCGAGAGAUGGAAGAAGUCAAAAAGGAGAGGGGUGAACUGCACACACGGCUGGACGGUCUGGAGGAGGAAAAGGCAAAUCUGGCAUCCGAAUGUGAAGAGCUCCGGUUGAGCCUGCAGCAGGAGAGGGAAAAGGCUCAAAGGGGAAGCACGCGGCCGCACAGAGACGCUGAUUCUACGGAUCCAACUGAUCCAGAGGAAGCAGCGGCGACGACGUCGAAUCCCGACACAAAUUCAAGCGCCGAUACACCAAGAAGUUUGAUCGAGCUGAGGCACAACGUUGGGCGCCUUCUCGUCUCUUUCGUGCCGUGUCUGGACCUCGGCCAGGUGAAUUAUGAGUGCGACGUAAUCGAUGAGAUCCUGGAACACGUUCUCUCUGACGUGGAGUCCAUCAGGCGGGCGGGGCAGUUGUACAGGAAAUGACAUGGAUAAGCAACUCCUAGGAUUAUGGAAGGAAGAACCGUACUCCAUCUAUAACUCAUGACGACAGCAUUGUGUGAUUGUUGGAGAUGAAAGUGUAUUUAUUUGAAUGUGUUUUUUAAUUAUUUUUUUUGUGAUAAGGUUUUUUUUUCUUGAUAUGAAUUUUUUGUUGUUGUACACUAAGAGAUUAACAGAUGAAAACUGCUAUUAAAUACAAAUACAACCACAGUCAACAUUAAUAAACGGUAGAGGCCG